AUGAAGCCGAGUACAGGGGCUGACAUCCGCGAGCUCGGCGGGAGUGUCCUGGGGAGUCAUGUCUGCGGCGGGAGUGUCCUGGGGAGUCGUGUCUGCGGCGGGAGAGUCCUGGGGAGUCGUGUCUGCAGCGGGAGUGUCCUGCGGAGUCGUGUCUGCGGCGGGAGUGUCCUGGGGAGUCGUGUCUGCAGCGGGAGUUUCCUGGGGAGUCGUGUCUGCGGCGGGAGUGUCCUGGGGAGUCGUGUCUGCGGCGGGAGUGUCCUGGGGAGUCGUGUCUGCGGCGGGAGUGUCCUGCGGAGUCGUGUCUGCGGCGGGAGUGUCCUGGGGAGUCAUGUCUGCGGCGGGAGUGUCCUGCGGAGUCGUGUCUGCGGCGGGAGUGUCCUGGGGAGUCGUGUCUGCGGCGGGAGUGUCCUGGGGAGUCGUGUCUGCAGCGGGAGUUUCCUGGGGAGUCGUGUCUGCGGCGGGAGUGUCCUGGGGAGUCGUGUCUGCGGCGGGAGUGUCCUUGUGAGUCGUGUCUGCGGCGGGAGUGUCCUGCGGAGUCGUGUCUGCGGCGGGAGUGUCCUGGGGAGUCGUGUCUGCGGCGGGAGUGUCCUGCGGAGUCGUGUCUGCGGCGGGAGUGUCCUGGGGAGUCGUGUCUGCGGCGGGAGUGUCCUGGGGAGUCGUGUCUGCGGCGGGAGUGUCCUGGGGAGUCGUGAGGGCCCGAUACACCCGCCGAAUCGUGGCGACGACUGGAAUGUGCCACGUUUGGCCUGA